AUGGCUCCGGUCAGCGUGAUCGCGCUUGUGGCUGUCGCGAUGGCAGAGCUGGCCUCUGCCACGGACUAUCCCGCCACGUGGGCGCUUGCGAAUCACGGCAGCGUUGCAGCGGCCAACGUGUACGCCAUCACCACGGCCUCCAACGAUGAUGCUAAGUUUCCUGGCACCAUGAGCUCCGGUGAUGUCAACGGCGAUGGCGUGAACGACUUCACCUACGAGCUCCCGGCUGGCACGCUCAACGUUCACUUCGGCGGCAUCUCCGCCGACCUGGACCUCGACAGCAUCACAUUCAGCGGCUCCAAUGGCUUCAGCAUCGUCACCGGCAGCAAUGUCGACAUUUGGGGCACCAUUGCUGGAGAUGUGAACAACGAUGGCUUCAACGACGUGCUGUUCUUCCACCAGGCCUCCGGAUCCGUCAAGAUCAUCUUCGGCAAGGCCAGCGGCUGGAGCGCCUCCUACACCGUCGCCAGCAUGACGUGGGAUGGCACCGACGGCAUCGAGCUCACCUACACUGGCCAAACCAAAUUUGGGUCCAAUUCCUUCGGAGGCUACACACCCCAGAUCCUCACCAAUUUCGACAUCAACAACGAUGGCAUCGACGACAUCGCCGUCAACUCGGCUGGAACCAACAACGGCGGCCAAGUCAACAUUUUCUUCGGCAAGAGCAGCUUGUCAUCGGUCGAUGGCUCCACCUUCGACGGGUCCAACGGCUUCUCUCUCGCAGAUGCAGCCAACUCUAGGCUGGGGCGCGGUCUGGCAGUGGGAGACAUCAACGGAGACGGCAUCGACGACAUCCUGGCCUCCAGCAGAAGCGACCAACCAUCCCUUGGUGCUGGCUGCCUCUACGUGUUGUACGGAGGAGGCACCUACCCCGCUCUCAUCGCUGACAUCUACUCACACGUCGAUGGUUCUACUGGCUUCCGGCUGUGUGGCGGGGCGGCAAACACCUACUUUGCGGACUACUUCAUCACUGCAGCGGACUUCAACGGCGACAGCAUUGCGGACAUACUGUUUGCAGGGCGUGGCAGCCAAACCGGCCUGUACAUGCUGUUCGGCAAAACAACCUUUCCUGCCAGUGUGACUCUGCCGUUCGCAAGUGGCGAGGGUGUUUCCUUCACCGGCUUGAGCAACCCGGCAUUGGUGAAACCCCCGAACCUCGGCAAGUUCAACGAUGACCAGUACGAUGACAUCGCGCUUGGGGAAGGUACCAACGUGUACGUCGUCUUCGGCAGCGCGAGUCCGGGUGACACAUUUGACCUCACGGCACUGAGCGGCACCGACGGGUUCAAGCUGACAGACAGCGAUAGCAUCAGCAUGAGGUUUUACUCCCCGAUUGACAUGACUGGAGAUGGGUCGACGGACCUUGUUCCAUUCACCCAGGGGUUCACACCCAGCUUCACAACAAUCACAAGCCCAUACGUCAUCGUGGGCAACGGACCUUCCACUGCAUCAGGAGGAUCUGGAGGCGGUUCUUCCACCUCAAGCACCUCUUCCUCUUCUACAUUUACGUUCACAAGAACAUUGAGCAGCUCCUCCACCAUCAGUAGCACAAUGUCCUCUUCCGCCUCAACGACCACCAGCAGCUCCACAGGAAGCUCUACUUCAACAGUGGAAACUAGUUUGACACAGACUUCCUCUUCUACAGUUACAUUCACAAGCACAUUGAGCAGCUCCUCUACCAUCAGCAGCACCAUAUCCUCUUCCGCCUCAACGACCACCAGCAGCUCCACUUCAAUGACAGCUUCAAGCGUCACAGAGACUGCCGCAUCGACCCUCACAAUCAGCAACUCCUCCAACCUGAGCAGCACGACGGAGAACAGCGUGGAGGAGACCACCACCUCCCAACAGGAAACGGCUCCUGGGGAGACCGCUAAUCAGACCACCGUCGAAAUGGUGAACCUGACGACCAGCGAGGAGGGAAACAGCACAGCAGAAGGGGCCACCACCACCGCCCCCGAAGAGGAGAGCACCAUUGAAUUUCAGGGUGACUCGCGGGCUGAAGAUGGUGGUCUAGAAGGAUGGGUAAUCCUCACAAUUGUGCUGGUGGUGCUGAUUGUCAUUGGGGUGGCAGUGACGCUGGUGAUAUGCUUCGCGGUUAUGGUGUAUGACAAGAAGCAAAAGGAAAACAACGCAAAUGAGCAGGCACAGCCCGGUGCCUCCGACGAUGACUUUCGUGUUUGA